AUAUUUGUUUUAGGAAAACUACUUGAAGGGAAGCAUAUACAUACAUUAACCCCCAUGUGGCUCCUCUAGUCUUCACUGCAUCUUCCCAGCUACUUCUUCUCCUCUCUAUCUUCUCUAUUUCCCUUUUAUUUUGCUUCCUUUUCAGCCUUUGGAACUGUGAGUCCUUUUGCCAUUUCAUGUGAUCAACAUUUUGGUAUAAAAAGAUGGUAGCAGAGUCUUGGUUUCGUAGUUUUUGGAAAAUUCCACGGAGGCAUGAAGGAGGUUCUGAGAGAGUUGAAAUUGGAGUAUUAGCAUUUGAAGUUGCAAGCUUGAUGUCUAAGCUCGUGCAUCUAUGGCGGUGUCUAAGUGAUAAGCAGGUUAGUAGGUUGAGAGAGGAGAUUAUGACUUGUGUGGGGAUUAAGAAGCUGGUAUCUGAAGAUGAAGGUUACAUUGGACACUUGAUAUGUGCAGAAAUGAUUGAAACUGUUACACAUGUGGCGAAGUCCGUGGCUAGGCUUGCAAAGAAAUGUAGUGACCCGGGUUUGAAGAGUUUUGAACUUGCUUUCACUGAGUUAGUCCAGAUUGGGGCUGACCCUUAUUGUUGGAUAUUUUCCUUAAAGAAGAUGGACAAGAAAGUGAAGAAGAUGGAACGGUACAUUUCAGUGAAUGCAACUUUGUAUCAAGAGAUGGAAAUGCUCCUGGAUCUUGAGCAAACUCUAAGGAGGAUGAAAGCCAGUGAUGCGGAGCCAGAGAAUUUGCUUGAAUUUCAGAAGAAGGUUAUGUGGAAGCAGCAUGAAGUGAAGAAUCUUCGGGAGAUGUCUCUUUGGAGUAGGACUUAUGAUUAUACAAUUCGACUUACAACAAGAUCAAUAUUCACAGUUUUUGUUAGGAUCAAACAUGUCUUUGGAAUUGAACAAAAUGUAGAUGAUGGAGAUUUGAGGGCAGCUUCUAUAAAUCGCAGCCAAUCAGUUUCCACCUUGAUGCAAUCUUCUGUUCAUCGCACUGAUAAUACUAGCCUUACCAGGUUUUCUUCUGGUCCCUUUGGAAUGUUUAGCACAAAAUCAGGUCCAAUUUCAAAACCAAAUAAAACAAAUUAUUUCCAUUCUGGGCCUCUUGGUGGCUCAACUACAAAAUCAGGUUCUAUUGCUCGAAAGAAUGGAAAUUUCAACUUCCAUUCAGGUCCACUUGAGAGGUCUACAGCGAAGUCAGGGCAACUUUUGGGCAUGGAUAAAAUCAGCAAGAAGAUUUGGCAGACUAACAACCACCCUUCCGCUGCUAAUGGAAAUAAACCACAUUUGAAAAGCAAUAGAUUGACUCAAGUGGGACCUUUCAAAGGCUGCAUUAUAGAUGCAGAUGAAGCUAUUCAUUCAGGAAUUCUUAGUGGAAUCAAAGCUGGAAAUCUUAAUCCUCCUGAAGGAAAUGCUGUUCAAACUAGUUCGCCGGUGUUUAGAUCUCAGUGCAGGUUGUUGGAUGCUCCACCUGAAACUCUUGCGGCUUCUGCUUUAGCACUGCAUUAUGCAAAUGUUAUCAUCGUCAUUGAGAAGUUAGCAGCAUCUCCUCACUUGAUUGGUAAUGAUGCUAGAGAUGAUCUGUACAACAUGUUACCUACAAGUGUGAGAGCUGCACUGAGGGCAAGGCUAAAACCAUAUGCAAAGAGCUUAACUUCAUCAGUUUUUGAUACAGAGCUUGCUGAAGACUGGACUGAGGCAAUGGCUGCGAUAUUAGAGUGGUUGGCGCCACUAGCUCAUAACAUGAUUAGAUGGCAAUCUGAGCGGAGUUUUGAACAGCAGAGCUUUGUUUCUGGGACUAAUGCGCUUCUGGUUCAGACUCUCUACUUUGCAAACCGAGAAAAGACUGAAGCAGCAAUCAUCGAGAUUCUUGUUGGUCUGAAUUAUGUUUGGAGACUUGGUAGAGAACUCAAUGCAAAGGCUCUACAGGAGUGUGCAAGCAGUAGAAACUUUGAUGAAUGUUUGUAUCUAUAGAAAUAAGUGGACCACUAUUGCAGUAUGUCAAUAGAUGAAUGGAAUUGGUUGAAUGUUGGCAAGUUCCCAUUUUCGGCAGGCAAUGGGGUUAUGUCCAUUCUAUUUGCCAACGUCGAUCGAAGAUGAAAGAAUUAUCCAAUAUACCGUGAAAGACAUCGUAAAGCAUUCUUUGUGAGUCAAAGGUAUAGUUUGAGCUUUAAAGUCAUUUAUAUAUAUAUAUUCCUGGGUGAAGUGCUUGUGAUCUUUUCCAAGGUUUGAAGCUUGGUUCUUUAUUAUCUUCCAUGAAAUAUCUUUUCAAGUUAAGCUGUUAUCCAUGUAAUGUGUAUAUUAUUUUAGUGAUAGCUUUUUCAAUUGGUUUUGUUGACCAUAUAUGUUUAUUCAUAGAUUUAUAUGUUGCGGAUACCUUUUGGUUGACCGAUGUUUGACAUGACCGUAUGGAGUUUUGCAUUCCUUGAUAACAGAAGCAGAUGUAAAUCAGGUUGCAUGGCCAGAAUCUGAGCUUGAAAAUAACCUUCUGACAGACAGGCUAUCACCUUACGGAGUUGCCCGCUAUGAAAUCACAGAAAGGCUUGAAUUGUUUUCGUAAAUGAUCUCACAUGGUAUAUUUCACUGAAUAUAAUGUUUGGUGAAGAAUUCUUAGUGAAUGGACAGACUUCAAUUUUGUUAAAGUACCAUGUCGAACACUCAUGUCUGACACAUUGAUAUAAAGAUAUGAUCUCCAAAGAUCCUCUGAAUACAUUGAAAACUGAAAAAAAUCUGACCAUAUUCGUGUUGGACACAUACACUGAAGUCUGAGUAGAUAUAGCUGAUGAACAUCUGGUUUAAAAAUAGUGUGAUUUGUAUUGCUUUAAGAAGAGAUUAACUUAGGGAGAGUGGCAUUGUUAGAUUCUUUGAGGCCGGAAAGCUCCUGUUGAUGUUGUCAUCUAUUGCCAUUCGUUUUACCCCUUGCCCUUUAUCAUGUAUUGUUUUUCCUAGAUAUCAGUUGGUCAUUAGAGCUGAGGUUAUUUGUGCAUUUAAGAUGAAUAAACACGACGUUUUAAACAUUAUUAGCCA